CUUAUUGUUUACGAUUGUUUAUUGUGCAUGAUUUCUGGUACUAAUCAACCAAUAGGAAGUUAACUUAGUUAGACACAACACCCUUCAACCCGAUUCAUUGGAAAUCGUGCGAGUUUCACUUGAUCAGUUUGUCUCGAAUCUAACGGUUGAAAAGCAGUUCGUGAAACUGACGUGAGAUAAAUAUUGAAAAAAGUUUCAACGAAAUGGAUAGAUCCAAUGAGAAUGUACUGAAUCGCUCUUCAAAAGCCGGAAUAAUUACUUGGGCGCUUCUGUCUGAUCGAAAAGUUAUCAUUCUAAUCAUCGCAUUUGCACUUGCGUUUGAUGGUCUAAUAUGUUUCAGAGAUCUUUACAUUUUUUCGGGCACUUAUCAUAUUACACGUGUGGUAAUACUUGCUAUUCGACAAUGGACCUGUGCUUUCUUACUUGUUCUAAUUUGUGUUCGUAGGAAAAAAUACAGCGAUCUUAUGAUUCAUUUUGAACGCAAGACAAAUAUCGAGUUGACACCUUUAUCAGUUAAUUAUCUAAAUAAGAAUCGCAUAAUCUUUCAAAUAUACACUUUCAUCCAUUUUUUAUUUUUCGUUUGGUUGACAUAUGGGGUUUGGUGCAACGCUUUUGACAUGUCAUUGACUUAUUUUCUUGUUACUUAUUUUGGUGCAGCACUUGUUGGUAUCUCGUGUUACUUUGCUUUCCUUCGUUUCUUUAUUGAAGGCUGUCUUUACAUUCAUACCUGUUUCAUGCGAGUUGAACACCAAAUAGAAACCUUGAACAAGUCAACAAGUGCCUUGUCUAUCGAUGACAUUCGGAAAGUUCGUCGAUUGUAUUGCUUUGCCGUUGAAACGACAGAAAAGUUUAAUUAUUUAUUCAUGCCAAUUACAGCUCUUUAUUUUGUGAUCAGUACCGUUAAAAGUCAUUACUCGUUUGUAUUCGCAAUUUCGGCUCCAUCGCUUGUAACUUUGAUAAUGAGUUUGGUGGAAAUCGCAAAUUUUAUCCUCAUAACCUAUUAUAUGGUCUAUAUUAAUCACCUUUCAACCCGAAUUUAUCAAUCAGUUUAUUCACUUACAUUUAAAACUGAUUCAUUGUUUGCAAAUAAAGAGGUUCACAUUUUCCUCGCUCGUAUUGAACGUGCUGAUGUUGGCUUUACUUUCCUGGACCUCUUUGUUAUCACACCAACUUGCGUUACUACACUGGCUACAAUAUCGUUGACUAUUGCUCUAGCGACACCAACAUUAAUCAGAUAAUUUAAUAAUAUUUUGUCAAUGUUUCACUAUUUUCGCUUCUUUAAAAUCGCUUCACUUGUUAUAACUAAAAAAAUCAAUCAUAACCAAUUAUCGAUUUACCAAUUCGAGAGUCUCCCUUGUUAGGCUAGCCAGUUGCAUUGAUUUUACCCUCUUUCCGUUAUUCUGAUAUUUAUAUGUUGAAUGGACAAUAGCGUUAAAACCUAAUUGCUUUGCAUUUCGUAAAAAUAGUCUUUUCAUAGAUGAUGAAAAAUCGGUUAUUAUUUGCGAUUGUAUAUCUCUGUGCUGUACUCAAUCAUGUAAACCAAAAAAGACGUAAUACUUUUCAGUGUUGUGAUCAUUAAGCAAAGUGCAAAGAUCGCAAACUAAACAAGGAAGAUAAGCUCCCCUUGAACAUCAUUCAAGAUUGUCUUGUCUUUCAGGAUCAAAGUAAACAUCAUUAGUUAGUGAUCGUUUAAUGUGCAUCAACCUUUAAAAAUUAUAUGUUUUAAAACGCUAGGUUAAUUUGUUUAUUAAAUUAAAAUAAAAGAAUGGACUUUGUAGAUUUAAACCAAUUUGUUCAUGGUGAAUCAUGUUUGACUGAUCAUCUAACAAUGGACUAUACAGAUCAAGCGACUUCAUUGCCAUUCCACUCGGAGUCAA